AUGCCAACUCAAGUGUCCAAACAACAUAUAUAUCAACUCAAAGAUCGCUUAGAAAAGUACAGAGAAAAGAACGAGCUAGUGACACAAAAAGAGCAGCAAGAAGAGAUGCGACAAAUAGAACAGGCAAAAAUUAACAAAGAAAAAGAAUUGGCAUUAGAAAAAGAGAGAGAAGCACUCGCUGAAGCGUUACAGAGAGUAACAGCAACAGAAGCUCCAGUGAAAACUGCUGCUCAUUCACAACCACCACCACCACCUCCUCCUCCUCCUCCAAUGCAACAAGAACCAGAUUUGGCACAGCAACUCUUGGCACAGCACUACCAACAACAGCAGCAAAUACUUUUACAGCAGCAAUUACAACAGCAAUUAUUGCAACAACAGGCUGUUCAACAUCAUGCACAGCAGGCCGCUCAGCAACAGGCGCAACAACAGGCUCAACAGCAGUUGCAGUUGAAGCAGGAGUUGCAAGCUCAACAACAGUUGGAACAGCAACAACAGCUAUUAUUAAAGCAGCAGUUAAUGCAACAACAACAAGUACAGCAGCAACAACAACAACAGCAACAACAACAACAGCAACAACAACAGAAUGCUUUUCCCGCCAACGCAUUUGGCUAUUCAGCUAUAUCAGAGAAAGAAGCACUGGCAUGGCUACGAAAUGGCUUCUAA